GAACAAGCUGCUCCUUUCUCUGCAUAACUUCUAUUGUAUCUGCAAAAAGAAAAGGGGGAUAAGUUCACAUCAAUGAAGGAGAGAAGAAGCAGCCAGAAACUGUCUAGCAAAUCUAUGAUGGAUCCCAACCAAAAUGUGAAAUGCAAAAUUGUGGUGGUGGGAGACAGCCAGUGUGGGAAGACUGCUUUAUUGCAUGUCUUUGCAAAGGAUUCCUUUCCAGAGAAUUACGUUCCCACCGUAUUUGAGAAUUACACGGCCAGUUUUGAAAUCGACACCCAGAGGAUAGAACUGAGCCUAUGGGAUACGUCUGGUUCUCCUUAUUAUGACAAUGUCCGUCCACUCUCGUAUCCAGAUUCCGAUGCUGUCUUAAUAUGUUUUGACAUCAGCCGCCCCGAGACACUCGAUAGCGUUCUUAAGAAGUGGAAAGGUGAAAUUCAGGAAUUUUGUCCCAACACCAAAAUGCUGCUGGUUGGAUGUAAAUCUGAUCUGCGUACAGACCUCACGACGCUGGUGGAACUGUCCAAUCACAGACAGACACCGGUCUCUUACGAUCAGGGUGCUAAUAUGGCCAAGCAAAUUGGAGCAGCCACUUAUAUAGAAUGUUCAGCCCUACAGUCUGAGAACAGCGUAAGGGACAUUUUCCAUGUCGCAACCCUGGCAUGUGUAAAUAAAUCUAACAAAAAUCUCAAAAGGAAUAAAACACAGAGAACCACAAAAAGAAUUUCACACAUGCCUAGCAGACCGGAACUGACCGCCGUUUCCACGGACUUGAGAAAGGACAAAGCCAAGAGUUGCAGUAUAAUGUGAGGGGUCUUAGUGAUGGAGUGAAAUGAGGAUUUGGUUGAAUGCUCGAUGAAGGUCACUGCCAAAGUGUUAGAUUCUGUUGGUAAACCAGAGCUGUUAAGGAUUUUUUUCAAAUUCUAUUUGGUACUUAAGGAUGCAGCAUGUUGACCGCGCAGAGGAAGAAAGUUGGAAACUUUUGGAAAGAAGUUUCACACAAAAAUAUGGAAGCGAUUAAAAGAUGUUGAUGGUGGAAGAGAAAAUUGUCUUCAUCUCCUAGAAAAAAAAAAGAACCUCCGUCUCAAAGUUCAGUUCCCUGUAUCUAUAGCCAAAAAGUUCUAAAGUUCUCAAAGUACUCGCGUUGACUGUAGUGCCGCCGUUUGCACUCUUGAAGAAUGAUCCUUUUGAUCCACCAUUUCUAAGAGUUCUUCGCAAGAGGACCUGUAGACCAAUGCAGCAAGGAUUGAUUGGGGUGUUCAGAAAGUUUUUUUUUCCCCAAAAUUCUAUAAUCUUCUUGCACAGCUAAUAUAGGCCUAGAUAGUUCAUGGUACUUUUUUAUGACCUAGCUUUUUAAAGUCAUAGUUGUUUUUUUUUCCUUUAAAAAAAAAAAAGAUAUGAAUAGCUGUUAUUUAAACUGGGAAUGAACCAGGCAAUGAAACGCAUCAGUUCCAUUCUGUAAAAAUGAAGUUUGAGGAUGCAUAAGAUGUUCUGUUAGAGGGUCGGUGACUUGAAGUAUCACGGGCUCCAAAAGGUCUUUGGAAGUUAACACGUUAGCAGUCAGCUUCUGACAUCAUUGACUAUGAUCUGUUUUUAUU